AUGCCUCCGAUUCGCACUUCCCGCAAUCGCAAACCGCCUCCCGCUGGCUUUGACGAUAUCGAAGAUACCUUGCUGGAAUUCAGCAACAAAAUGAAGGAUGCAGAAAAUGCAUCACAUGAAGGAAAGAAGAAAUAUGAAGUUCUCUGGCCGAUCUUCCAGAUCAGCCAUCAACGUACGAGUUACUCCUCCGCGGCAUCGAGAAAUACGGUUUUACUGACUUAUUGCCCCUCUUAUUUAACAGGCUCACGAUACAUCUAUGAACUUUAUUAUGAAAAAGAAGCGAUCUCAAAGGAGUUAUAUGAUUUCCUGCUCAAGAACAAGUAUGCGGAUGCCAACUUGAUUGCCAAGUGGAAGAAGCAGGGUUAUGAGAAGCUGUGUUGUCUGCGCUGUGUCCAAACAAAAGAGACGAAUUUUAAUUCCACGUGUAUCUGCCGAGUGCCCAAGGCGCAGCUCAAGGAGGACCAGACGAUUCAGUGUGUCAGCUGUGGCUGCAACGGCUGUGGAAGCAGCGACUAA